AUGUUACUGCCUUGGGUUUAUCUUGGUAUCUUAGUAAGUCUGUGGGCUUAUGCUUGUGGUGUUGAUUUCUGCGAGUAUCUUGUUGCAGGGCGGUCUGAAAGGGCUGUUGUUCAAAGAGCACAAGCUGAUGCACGUGAGUGGGCAGCUAUUGAUGCAAAGGGAAGGGCAGAAUGGGCAGCUGGGGCAUGUCAACGAUAUGAGGUCAUUCCUUUGUCUCCAAACAGUUAUUUACAUGUGUUUUAUUUUUUAAAUGAACAACUGAUAUGCGGUGGAAAAAGUUACUAUGGUGCCGUUCUAUGUUGUGCCUGGAGGUUUGGCUGCAUCUCUAUCCCUUUUGUGAGCAUAUUGAUGACCCCCAAGUGCUUGUGGGCUGUAGAACUUCCUCUUAAAGCUGUCAACAGUGAACAUUUCAAUCUGUGUUGUGUUGACUUGAAGAGUGAUCUGUUAAGAAAAAAACUAUUUUUAGGAAGCCUUGAAAUGCAUUCUGGUUUUACAAAAGUAGUUGUUGGACCUGGUGAUCCUAGUUACAAACCUUCAAAAAGAAGAAAAGGAUUGAUGGUGUUUGCAUGUGAUGCUUUUGAUCUUCCCAUUCGGAAGGAAAUUAUCCACCGUGUUGUAAGAUGGCAGCUUGCAAAAAGACAACAGGUUAUAUCUAAAGAUGAAUCUGUCAAAACCUCUAAAGCUGCUAUUGAUGUACAAAACUUCUCACGUCUACAAAAGAAUGAAGAUGUUAUAGACUAUGCACUGAAGAAGAGGGAUGUGAAACUUGUGCCAUGUGGACUAGAUUUUGGACGCCCAAGGUUUGUUCGAUUUAGAGAACGUAGAUUUCAUCGAUCUUUGGAAAAGACAAGACGUUUCUACCCUCAUGUCCAUAACAUGGAUGGUUUUUUUGUUGCAAAGUCGAAGAAAAUGAGUAAUUCAAAGGGAGUUUUGCAGCUUUUGAAUACUAGGAUAUUUGUGUCUAGGAUUGAACUGCACAUGCACUCUUCUGGUAGAAUUUACUAG